AUGGUUGACUUUUUACAAUGUCUCUCAUUCUGCUCUGGCAUCUUUAUUCCUGUGCUUAGAAAAUCUAGCAAACCUUGGAUCAGAGCUUUGGAGCUAGUAGAUGGAAGACAUGUGGUUCGAGAGUCCCAGGAAUUUCCACUGCACUGUGGGGAUUCCCAGUUCUUCCACACCACCAGUGAGGCGCUUGGUUCCUUACUUCUAGAGUCUGGAAUAUUUAAAAAGUCCAGAGCACAACCUCCAGAGGAGAACAGAAGGAAGCCAGUUUUGGGGAAACUUGGCACUCUAUUCACUACAGGAAGGAGAAGGAACAGUAGAAACGGGCUAGAGAGUCCCACCAGAUCAAAUGCCAAACCACUGUCUCCCAAAGAUGUGGUAGCCUCUUCUAAUCUCCCAGAGAGAGAGAGUGAGAAGAGCAGAUCUCAGAGCAGCCAGCUUAAGCAAGCGGACACGAGCGAGGAGGGCUCCCCCCGGGAGAAUCCCCGGGAGGCAGAGGGCGAGCUCCCUGAGAGCGGUGGCCCCGCAGCCCCCCAUGACGCCGAGCUGUCACCUCGCUGGAACAGCAGUGAAGCGGCUGUGGCUGUGCAGCAGUGCCAUGAAAAUGAUUCACCCCAAUUAGAACCUCUGGAGGCAGAGGGAGAGCCUUUCCCAGAUGCCACCACCGCUGCCAAGCAGCUGCAUUCCUCGCAGGGAAAUUCCUCCAGGCAAGAGAACGCAGAGACGCCCGCCCGCAGUACGGGGGAGGACGCUUCACCAGGUGCUGGCCACGAACAGGAGGCUUUCCUGGGUGCGAGGGGUGCGCCGGGGUCGCCCACCCGGGAGCGGCCCAGGGGAGAACUAGGCGAGGCCCCUGAAGGAGCCCCAGGUGUGUGUGCGGAAGAAGGCUCCCUGGGACCCCGUGACGCCCGCAUCCAGCCCCCCAAGGGCGCGUCUGCUCUGACAGGUGAGCCUCCGGCCGAGGGUGCAGCGCACACGGCCAGCUCCGCGCAGGCAGACUGCACAGCCCGGCCCGGGGGUCGCGCCCACCCUACUAAGGGCGGAAGAUUGCGGUGA